GCCGGUUAUUCUUAUUCUCCACACCAUUUCAAGUGCUCUCACCUCUGUCCGAAUUCAGUCCAAAACUUCGUCCUUUUAUUACAACACAACGUGAUUGCCGAGAAAACACCAGAACCAGAAGAAGAGCAAGAAGGAGGAGGUGAAUGGCGGGGAAUGAUUGGAUAAACAGCUACUUGGAAGCAAUUCUUGACGUGGGUCCUCCGCUUGAUGAAGCAAAAUCGUCUCUUUUGCUAAGAGAGAGAGGCAGGUUCAGCCCCACCCGUUACUUCGUCGAGGAAGUUAUCACCGGCUUUGAUGAGACCGAUCUCCACCGCUCGUGGGUUCGGGCCCAGGCAACGAGGAGUCCCCAGGAGAGGAAUACGAGGCUGGAGAACUUGUGUUGGAGGAUUUGGAACCUUGCUCGUCAAAAGAAGCAGCUUGAGGGAGAUCUGGCCCAAAGGAAUGCUAAACGUCGUAUUGAACGUGAAAAAGGCCGCAGAGAAGCUACUGCAGAUAUGUCUGAAGACUUAUCAGAGGGCGAGAAAGGAGAUCUAAUCAGUGAUGUAUCUGCUCAUGGUGAGAGCAACAGAGGCAAAUUGCCUCGUCUUAAUUCUGUUGAAGCGAUGGAGAUGUGGGCUAGUCAGCAGAAGGGGAAAAAACUGUACAUUGUACUAAUAAGCAUCCAUGGCCUUAUUCGCGGUGAAAAUAUGGAGCUUGGUCGUGAUUCUGAUACGGGAGGUCAGGUGAAAUAUGUUGUCGAACUUGCAAGGGCAUUGGGGUCAACACCAGGGGUGUAUCGGGUUGAUUUGCUAACCAGGCAAGUAUCAUCACCGGAAGUGGAUUGGAGCUAUGGGGAACCAACAGAGAUGCUGACCUUAAGAAAUUCAGAAGAUUUUAAUGAGGAGAUGGGGGAGAGUAGUGGUGCUUAUAUUGUUCGUAUACCAUUUGGGCCAAGAGAUAAGUAUAUUGCUAAGGAACACCUCUGGCCUCACAUCCCUGAGUUCGUAGAUGGUGCACUUAACCACAUCAUACAGAUGUCCAAAGUUCUGGGGGAGCAAAUUGCUUGUGGGAAACCAGUGUGGCCUGUUGCUAUCCAUGGGCAUUAUGCAGAUGCAGGCGACUCUGCUGCUCUUCUUUCUGGUGCCUUGAAUGUGCCUAUGCUUUUCACUGGCCACUCUCUUGGCCGAGAUAAAUUGGAACAACUUCUGAAACAAGGUCGAUUGUCGAGGGAUGAAAUAAACAAAACAUACAAAAUAAUGCGCAGAAUAGAGGCUGAAGAGUUAUCCCUUGACUCUUCUGAAAUAGUCAUAACUAGCACCAGACAGGAGAUAGAGGAGCAAUGGAGACUGUAUGAUGCUUUUGAUCCAGUACUGGAGCGUAAACUACGAGCGAGAAUCAGGCGCAAUGUGAGCUCUUAUGGAAGGUUCAUGCCUCGCAUGGCUGUUAUUCCUCCUGGAAUGGAGUUUCAUCAUAUUAUUCCACAAGAAGCUGGUAUGGAUGGUGACACCGAAUGGAACGAAGACCACCCUACUUCUCCAGAUCCCCUCAUCUGGACUGAGAUAAUGCGAUUCUUUACCAAUCCUCGCAAGCCAAUGAUACUUGCCCUUGCUAGGCCAGAUCCCAAAAAGAACAUCAUGACUUUGGUCAAGGCAUUUGGAGAAUGCCGCCCUUUAAGAGAUCUUGCCAACCUUACACUCAUCAUGGGUAAUCGUGACGGAAUUGAUGAAAUGUCUAGCACAAAUGCUUCUGUGCUUCUUUCAGUACUAAAGCUUAUUGACAAAUAUGAUCUGUAUGGCCAAGUGGCGUACCCUAAACAUCACAAACAAUCUGAUGUUCCUGAUAUCUAUCGCCUAGCAGCAAAGACAAAGGGUGUUUUCAUUAACCCAGCUUUCAUCGAGCCGUUUGGGCUCACCUUAAUCGAGGCAGCUGCUCAUGGUUUGCCCAUUGUUGCUACAAAAAACGGAGGUCCUGUUGAUAUACAUCGGGUACUUGACAAUGGGCUUCUCAUUGAUCCUCAUGAUCAGCAAUCCAUAGCUGAUGCUCUCCUAAAGCUUGUUGCGGAUAAGCAGCUUUGGGCAAGAUGUAGGCAUAAUGGUUUGAAGAAUAUUCACCUGUUUUCAUGGCCAGAGCACUGCAAAACUUACUUAUCUCGAAUUGCCAGUUGUAAACCUAGGUAUCCGCAAUGGCAAAGAAGUGACGACAGAGAAGAAAAUUCAGAAUCAGAUUCACCUGGUGAUUCAUUGAGAGAUAUACAGGAUAUGUCUUUGAAUUUGAACUUUUCAUUGGAUGGUGACAAAAGUGGAGCUAGUGGAAAUGAUAAUUUUGAAUCUGAAGGAAAUUCUACUGAUAAAAAGACUAAAUUGGAGAAUGCUGUUUUGGCAUGGUCAAAGGGCAUUCAAAAGGAUACCCGGAAGGCUGGGUCCCCAGAUAAAGCUGAUUCAAAUACCAACAGUGGCAAGUUUCCAGCUUUGAGGAGGAGGAAAAAUCUAUUUGUCAUUGCUGCGGAUUGUGAUUCCAUUGAAGGCCUUAUUGAAGCCACUAAAAAGAUUUUUGAGGCGGUAGAAAAGGAAAGGACAGAAGGCUCUAUAGGGUUCAUAUUAUCAACGUCCUUGACCAUGUCUGAGAUACAAUCAUUUCUUGUCUCCGGGGGUUUCACCCCUUGUGACUUUGAUGCUUUUAUUUGCAAUAGUGGUAGCGAUCUCUAUUAUCCAACUAAUCCAGAGGAUGGUCGCAUUGUUAUUGACUUCUAUUACCACUCACAUAUUGAUUACCGAUGGGGUGGAGAAGGUUUGAGGAAGACUUUGGUUCGGUGGGCAGCUUCAGUGAAUGAUAAAAGGGCUGUGAAUGACGAGAAGGUUAUUACUGCUACUGAACAACUUUCAGCUAAUUACUGUUAUGCUUUCAAAGUGCAUAAACCGGAACUGGUUCCUACGGUUAAAGAACUCCGCAAGGUUCUGAGAAUUCAAGCUCUGCGUUGCCAUGUAAUCUAUUGCCAAAAUGGGACAAGGCUGAAUGUGAUUCCUGCAUUAUCAUCUCGCUCCCAAGCUCUCAGGUACCUAUAUGUUCGAUGGGGUGUGGAGUUGGCAAAGAUGGUGGUUUUUGUCGGAGAAUGCGGAGACACAGAUUACGAAGGGUUACUUGGUGGGAUGCACAAAAGCAUUAUCUUGAAGGGAGUUUGUAGCAAUGCUAGUAAGGAAUUCCAUGCUAACAGAAGCUACCCUUUGUCGGAUGUGAUCUCACUCGAUACCCCCAACGUUGUUCAGACACCUGAAGAGUGGAGCAGUUCUGAUAUUCGUGACGCCGUGGAGUCAUUUGGACUCCUCAAGGGCUGAAUAUCACAACCAUGGCCGUCCCCCUACAUUCAAAUCCAUUCAAGAUCUUCUUGUCCAUUUCGCUAUCAUUAAUAAGCAUCUCGAUCUUCUGGAAGAAACCCAGAAAGCAUUUUUCAUUUUUAAAAUUUUUUUCGGAUUGUUUUCCCUUUGUAGAAAUGGCUCCUCUUGGCCGUUCUCAAUGAAAACCAAAGUAUAGACUAUAUUUUACAUGGCUGCUGUACAUCUUUUAUGCGGUUCUGGCAUAUGGUCCUGUAGACAUAAACCAGCGGAAGAGAUUAUUUUUUUUUCUCUUGAAACUCUUCUUGUACAGACAGUAUCAGGACCUUGCAAAUUUAAGACAAGGCCAUGUUAUA